AUGUCUUCACAAAGGAGCAGUGUAGGCAGCCACAAUAGAAAAAUUAGAUAUCGGGCACUACUCGAAGAUUUGUCAACUUUAGAAGAAGCCAAUGAUGAACAACAAGUGGAACGCACUGCGGGUGCUGUUAAAGAAGUACAAAGUUUGCUUGCUGAAGGUGGUGUGGAGGAACGUGUGAAACAUCCAGGUGAGGGCUACUUGGACUCCCGGGUAUUGCGCGCUACCAGUGACCUAGCUUUGCGUUGUUCUGAAGCCGUCAGUGGCAAUGUCAACACGUACGACAAACAUGAGCUCGCGACUCAUAUUAGGGAGAACCCAGAGUUCUGGGAAUUGGUCUUUCCCCGAGAAGUGCCUGUAGUGUCGAGCUUGUUCGGCACCUUCGCGCCCACGCCUCCCGAGCAGCGAGCGCGCAAGCCUAGGAAGAGAGUCGAGAAACAGCAGACAGCUGCGUUAAAAGCACCAAAGACUGUCGAUAAACUAGAACAAACAGAGGAAGGUUCGGAGAUGGUGAGCCGCGUGUACCGCUUUAUCUCGAAGGCGUGCCGGAACGGACCGCUGUCCUAUUUCCGCUUAGUACUGGACCCCGACUCUUUCGCCCGCACGGUCGAGAACAUAUAUUACGUGUCGUUUCUUGUGCGCGACGGUAUGGUCGCCAUCGAUGUUGAUGAGGAGCGCGGUCUACCAUUCAUCAAGCCAGUCCCAUCCUCGCAACGUGAGGAGCGUAACGCCGCUGGUGAGAACCAGUUUAUCGUCUCCAUAGAUAUGGCGAGGUGGAAAGAGUUAGUGACAGCUUUCAAGAUACACUCGCCGAUGAUGGUUUUAAAGAGAGAUUGA